AUGAAUGGAAGAAGCUAAUGGUUACAAACUCGGGAUAAACUUAUUAUAUAACGUUACAUAUAUACUUAUUAGUAAUAUUAACUGCACCACGAAUAUCACCAUGGCACUCUCCUGAGAUUUAACUCUGGUAAAACGGUUAAAUAAGUGAGCAGAACGGGGAAAAACUAACGUUAAUGUUACGUCAUGUCGUUCCCUCAGCCCAAACCUCAGGCUCCUCAGCUCCCUCAGCAUCUGCUCAGGACCAUCGACUGUCAGCAAGGAGCUGUCAGGGCUGUACGCUUCAAUGCUGAUGGGAACUACCUGCUGUCUUGCGGCAGCGACAAAUCUCUGAAGCUGUGGAGUGUGAGCCGAGGAACGCUGCUGAAGACGUACAGCGGCCACGGGUACGAGGUCCUGGACGCCGACGGAUCCUUUGACAACAGCCUGCUCUGCUCCUGCAGCUCUGAUAAGAGCUUGAUCCUGUGGGACGUCGCCACAGGCCAGGUCACACGCAAACUCAGAGGGCACGCUGGGAAAGUCAACUGUGUCCAGUUCAACGAGGAGGCAACUGUCAUCUUGUCUGGCUCCCUCGAUGGGACAGUUCGGUGCUGGGACACGAGGUCCAGAAGGUUCGAGCCGAUCCAGGUUCUAGAUGAGGCUACGGACAGCGUCAGCAGCCUGAAGGUGUCUCAGCACGAGCUGCUUACCGGGUCGGUGGACGGCAGAGUGAGGCGCUACGACCUCAGAAUGGGACAGCUGCACGUUGACUUCAUCAGCAGUCCCAUCACAUGUGUGUGUUUCAGUCAGGACGGUCAGUGCACGCUGACCUCCAGUCUGGAUUCAACAGUCAGACUGCUGGACAAGAGCACCGGGGAGAUGCUGGGAGAGUACACGGGACACAAGAUGAAGGGCUACAAGCUGGACUGCUGCCUGUCCAGCAAAGACACCCACGUUCUGAGCUGCUCAGAGGACGGACACGUGUACUGCUGGGACCUGGUGGAGGGAUCUUUGUCGUUGAAGCUGCCGGUGGGGAAAGGUGUCGUCCAGUCAUUGUCCUUCCACCCCACGGAGACCUGCCUCCUCACAGCCAUGGAGGGGCGUGUCCAGGUGUGGGGGGCGGAGCCAGAGGAGGCGGAGGAGGACGCCAUGGCCACAUAGAGAUGGUGAAAGUAGUCAGAAGCUACAUUUUACAUGCUGAGGAGAAUCCAGUAACAUACAGACGGUAAACAUUUAAAACCUUUGGGAGGAAUAGGAAUCAUUACAAAACAUGAAACAUCGAAGGCUCAUGUGGGCUCAAUGGAUGCACAGCAGCCAUUCAGAUGCAGCUCACCUCUUAGCCAGGCGUCUGUCUGUCUAUACGGUCGCUGGCUUUGCAAAGAUUUAGUUCUCUAGAGAGGGAAGCCAGUGCUGGACAUACCAGCUGACACAUAAAGUCCAAGAAGCUUUGCUCCACAGAUGUACACAUGAUCUGGUUGUGAAUCACAACGAAAUUAUGUCCGAUUUUUUUGUACAUGAACGCAUAACAUAUAUUUUUGUACAAAACCUUCAAUAAACACGUUCUUGUAUAAAUGUUCGUGUUAUAUUAAUGAUUAUUCCAUCAACACCGUUUAGUUCUGUAGUUUUAUCUUUAUUAGGAACUGUACACACACACACACAAUAAGUUAAUCAGCAUGACAAAAGAAUGGCAACAAAUAAAUAAAUAACUUAUGUUACAUAAAUACGUUUGUUCUAAACUUAAGCUGGAGCGUUGACGAGUAAGUCUGAACCGCAAGAGAACCACGAGGUGCAUCUACGCAGCUUCGUACACACAAUACGGUCUGCUGUUAACCCCCGAAAUAGCACGGAAGAUUUCAAAUAAAUACAUGUCAGCUUAUUUACAGAACAAUAGUCAAGUAGCAGUAGAAUCACGUCUCUGUUCAGUGUCAGCCUUUUGAGACCGCUUCAUUUAGAAAGGUCUGCAGUAGGACAUUCACGCAAGGACUCAUGUCUGACUCCUCCACUUUGUAUUUAUUACCAACGUCGGGUGAAAAAACUCCCUUGUCGAGAAUGCAGACUGUAAAUGAAGUAAGAAAAGCAGCCGUGUAUUUCAGCUCGACUGCUGUGGGAGUCUGUUUUAAAGCUCCAGCAGUAAUACGAUGUAAUCCUGUCGAGGCCCAUUAGAUCACCAGCUGAAGUCAAAGCAUUUAAACCAUCUUGACCCGCUUGAUUCAUGAGGUUUUUCAGCCAAAAGGGAAAGGAAUCCUAGCUUAAAUUAGUUUUUUGAUAUAAAUAACUUCACGAGAAUAGAACUCUUCAUUUAAAGAUGUUACAGAAGAACCUGCCAGCACACCUGCCCUCUCAGAACCACCCCGUCCUCACGAACACAUCAUCCACGUCUACGCUCGGCGGUCUAGCCAACACAGCUGCAGCCGGCGGCCGACAGCUUCUCCACCUUGUGCCAGCGGUGCGAGUUGUCGAGGAAGGCCAUGUCCUCGUGGUGGGAGGGCCUGCAGCACGGCGCGCCGUGCCACAGCUCGCCGGGCGCCAGCUGAGGGAGCGCGCCGCUCAGCAGCAGGCUGGUGAGGGUGAGGUCGUGGUUGGAGCGCACGUGGGGACACGUCCCGCCGCAGUACUUGAAGAGCACGGUCUCGUCUGAGUCGUAGCCCAGCCCGAGGUUUCGAACCUGCAGCAGGAUGGAGCGCAGGCCGCACUGGGAGUCCAGGGCGGAGCGACGCGCCCGGGCCGGGAUCGGGGCGACGGGAUCGGGCGACGGACCGACUCCAGGAGCUUCUGUUCGGCCGUCUCCGUUUCUCUUGUCCUCAUUUGGCGACGUGUGUGGAGAUGCCGUCUCUUGUUUCUGAUCUGGAGAAUUCAGAAGGAGUUAAAUAUACAU